AAGCAGUGCCCCUGCCCCUGACGGCCCCUUGCAGCGUCAGUCAGCCGCAAACGACGUCGCAGAAGAACAGAAAGGGCCGGGACAUAUUUUCACCUGAGCAACUUCUACGAGGGAAGGACGGAAUUAUCCAGUCGCUCCGGCGCAGUUUUCGACUUCGGUUCCCUUUUCGGUCGCAGGAAACCGAAGGUGGACUCAGACGGGCCGGCGCGGUGCAUCGCUACGUUACUCCAACAACUCCGAACUCAACCCGGAAUGGCGAAGGUGCCGUUGGCGGACGCUGGGAACCAGUUCGAGGAUCUUUCUGGGAUCGCCAUCAAGCCGGGCGAGAACCCUUACGAUGCACUCAUCAACGCCUGCCAAGGCUCCGCGGCCAGAAUCCAGGCCUUGUACGCCAGGCAUCGAACGGCAAGGAACGCCCAGCAGCGAGAUAAAUUCCUCGCUGCCGAGUUUACGGGCCUGAGUAUCGACCCUAUCCUGCUGCGGCUGGAGAAGCCAGAUAUCGAGCCUGGCUUCCGGGAUCCGCGGCACUGUCUCGUCUUCUGGGCAAGGCCGCCGGAGCACAUUCUGAAGUUGGCGUCCCACCUUCAAGCUCUCCUGCAACGGGCGGCUCCCAACCUCUGGCUCAUGCCUCCACACCGCAUGCACAUGACAACCCUUGAGAUUGCUCACUCGAAGACCGCGGAGGAGAUUGCAGACUUGGUGUCUAGCAUCCGCCCGGCCAUUCCGGCUCUGACGGGGCUCACGUUUACUCGACGGACUCGGCUUGUGAAGCCGAUGCUCUCGUACGACUUAUCGGCCGUUGCCGUAUCAUUCCUGCCGGCAUCCGGAGAGGAAGCACUGUCGCCACUCCCCGUACCGCCGUCGUCCUCGGACGGGGUUGCGCAUCUCGGCGAGCUCAACGAAAGCACAGCAGAGGGCGAUAACUACACAUACCACCAUCUCCGGCGCGAUGCCUUCAACAUGGCGUCGAAAAUGGUCCCCAUUGCUUCGCGAUACGUGGUUCCCAGCGCACACAUCACGCUGGGCCGCUACCUGACCCAGAAGGACCACGAGACGGCCGAGCUGCGAGAACGCUGGAUCCGGACGAUUGAGGACAUCAACAAGUGGCUCGAGAACGAGGUCUGGGAUGUCAAGGACGGCGAGUUCAUUGGCGAAUGGCUGGUCGGCCAGGAAAGGGGCCUCGACGCCCGAUGCGGCACGCUCUGGUACGGCGGUGGCCGGACCAUCAUGACGGGUGAAGGGUUUUGAUGUUUCUGAUGACCAGGGCGAAAACAUCAAGAAGCCCUGGAGGGACGGGAGGCGUGCCUGACGGUAGCCGGUAACCCGUCCGAAGCUCUGUUGGUGUUGGUCCUUGGACGAGGGUUAGGGCUGAAAC